AGAUGUUCGCUGCCUCAGCCCCCGAGUCUCAGCCCGCUCCGCAACCUCCUCUGCCUUCCCCUCCCUCCCUCCCUUCCAUUGCACCUGCCUCCGCCUCUCUCCCAUCCCCCGCACCCGCAUCACAGCCUGCUCCUGCAUAUUUCGCCCCACCCUCCCUUUCCUCCAUUCCCCUUGCACCACCCUCCUCCCCUCCUGUACCUGCACCUGCCUCGAAUGUCACCAACGCCACGAUUACUCAAGAAAACACAAGUGGUGUCAGCAGCAGCACUGCGAAGGGAGUGUAUGGAUCUCCAGUGGCAAUGGCGGUGGUUGCAGCUGUGGUGACAGCAUUGGCGGUGGCAUGUCUGCUCGUGGGUGUGCGCUGGGCGAUGAAUAGAAGAGAUGGCAGUAGAGCAGGGAAUAAGGAUGCGUGGAACCCUGCAUAA